GCAGCUUUGUGUACAUUUAUGAUUGUUUCAUUAUGUUAAAUUUCCAGGAAUAGAAUGCUGGAGAUAGAGGAGCUGUCAAGUUUUUAAUGAUUUUUGAAGGAGGUGCCUUUAAACGCAAGCCAUACAUAUAGCUGUCCCGUAAGGGAAAGAAAAUUUGAUGUGCAAAACUCACAUCAGCUCAGUAGAGUCCCAUGGGAACAAGCAGGAGCUACCAGGCCAUGUUUCUAGAUCAUUCCCCCUAGUGUGCAAGGGUGAUUAUUAUAAGGUGUUGAUGAUGAUGUACUGACUAUACCUACCUCACGUACUCUCCUAAUUCUGCCUUUGUAGAUCUGUAUUUUUCGUCCAGACCAGAACAAGAUGGCCAUGUCCCAGGAAUCAUUGACCUUCAAGGACGUGUUUGUGGACUUCACCCUGGAGGAGUGGCAGCAACUGGACUCUGCUCAGAAGAACCUCUACAGGGAUGUCAUGCUUGAGAACUACAGCCAUUUGGUGUCUGUGGGGUAUCUAGUUGCCAAACCAGAUGUGAUCUUCGGGUUGGGACCCGGAGAAGAGUCCUGGGUGGCGGACGGAGGGACCCCAAUGCGGAGCUGUCCAGAAGUCUGGCAAGUUGAUGAGCAGACAGAUCACUACAAGGAAAGUCAAGACAAACCUCUGUGGCAAGCUGCAUUCAUAGACAAGGAAACACUGAAAGAUGAAAGUGUUCAAGAAUGUAGAACAUGUAGAAAAAUCAUUUUUCUGAGCACAGACUUUGUUUCUAUAAGACAAAGACUCCCUAAACAUUACUCAUGGGGAAGGUGUUCAAAACAUAAUUUAAACUUUCUUAGUCAAAAUAGAAGCCAUGUAAGAAAGAAAGAGGAUGGACAUAGGGCAUAUUGGAAAUUAUGCCUCCAUUCUAAUCUUGAUAAAGCUCAGCCUGCAGAGAAAAGUUUUGACCCUAAUCAACGAGGAAAAGCCCUCCACCAUAAGCGAGCCCUUGAUAAAAGUCAGAGAAUUCAGAGUGGGGAGAAACUCUAUGAAUGUACUGAAUGUGGAAAAGUGUUUAUCCAGAAAGCAAACCUUGCUGUACAUCAGCGAACUCACACUGGAGAGAAGCCUUAUGAAUGCUGUGAAUGUGCAAAAGCCUUCAGCCAGAAGUCAACCCUCAUAGCACACCAAAGAACUCAUACGGGGGAGAAGCCCUAUGAGUGCAGUGAAUGUGGGAAAACCUUUAUCCAGAAGUCACUUCUCAUUAAACAUCAGAGAAUUCAUAUAGGAGAGAGACCCUAUAAAUGCUGUGACUGA